GGACCUUUUUGCGCGACUUGACCGUGUCAACUAACCGCUUGGACAGAAAGCAUCGGGCUUGUCUUCUUGAGAUAUUCGCUGGGAACGCGCAUUGGCCAACAAGCCGCCUCCAUUUGCAGCGCAUACAGCCAGAGCGAGCCUCUCCUUCGCCAUGCCCUACAACAACACGCCGAUUGCGCCAAACAAGGAAAUAACCGGCCAUGUGUCGCUUCCUCUGGCACGCGUGCAAAAGAUAAUCCAAGCGGAUCCUGAACGCAUCACAACAUCCAAGAAUGCCGCCUUUGCCAUCGCACUCGCUACCGAGAUGUUCAUCCAGCACCUUGCGACCACCACUCACAACGUUGUCAAGGCCGAGCGCAAGCCCCGCCGCAACAUUCAGUAUCGCGAUGUCAGCAAUGCCGUAGCCAAAACCGACAACCUGGAGUUUCUGGUCGAUGUCGCACCCAAGACGGCCACGUGGGGUAUGGUGAAGAAGAAGAUUGAGGAGAAGGAAAAGGAGGAUGCGAAGAGGAAAGAAAAAGAGGUCAAGAAAGACACGGUUGCCAACGGCCAGACAACACUGGGUGCGGCCGCAGAGACCGUCGAGCCCGAGGGAGCGGACAAGGGAGACACGGCUGCAAACGGCACUACUGCUUCUUCGCCGCUGCCCAACAAACAAGAACAGGCGCCCGAUGCAAUGGAAGUCGACCAGGAGCCAAGCCGCGUUGCAGAGAGCGAGCCAGAGGAAGAAGACGCCGCGGCCAUGCAAAUCGAGAUGGAGAUGCGCGGCCCGCCACGCCAGCCCAGCGAGAGCGAGACCAAGAAUGCCACUCCUCCAGCCAGGCGGUCGACGGGGUUCACGGCUAUCAACGGCUCCAAGUAAUUUGUACUGGCCAGCAGAGAUGAAGAUGCGGGGUUGGAAAGGAGACAUGUUUGCAUUGCAUAUGGCGUUCAGGAACAUAUACCAUGCCAAGGGCGGUUGACUGCUUGACAGAGGUUGACACAGGUGUUGGCCGUAGUCAAGGCAAAGAAUUAGACAUGAUAUUAUCCCAUUGCGAG